CAUCUGGCGACGCCUGCGGCUCGGACCGGCGGAUAUGGCGGCGGCGGCGGCGGCGCUGGCGCGGGUCGCGGCGGCCUUCCUCCUCCUCGCGGCCCAGGUGGCCUGUGAGUACGGCAUGGUGCACGUGGUCUCCGAGGCAGGGGGCCCCAAAGGCAAAGACUACUGCAUUCUCUACAACCCACAGUGGGCCCACCUGCCACAUGACCUUGGCAAAGCGUCUCUCCUGCAGCUGCGGGACUGGACCGCCUCCGUGCUCUGCUCUGCACCCGACCUCCCCGCCAAAGGCUUCAGCAACCAGAUCCCGCUGGUGGCCCGGGGAAACUGCACCUUCUAUGAGAAAGUGCGGCUGGCGCAGGGCGGCGGGGCCCGCGGGCUGCUCAUCGUCAGCAAGGAGAUGCUGGUCCCCCCAGGAGGCAACAAGACACAGUAUGACGAGAUUGGGAUUCCCGUGGCCCUGCUCAGCCACAAAGACAUGCUGGACAUCUUCAAGAGUUUUGGCCAAGCGGUGAGGGCAGCGCUAUAUGCCCCCAACGAGCCCAUGCUAGACUACAACAUGGUCAUCAUCUUCAUCAUGGCCGUCGGUACCGUCGCCCUCGGGGGCUACUGGGCCGGGAGCCGGGACGUGAAGAAAAGGUACAUGAAACACAAGCGGGAUGACGGGCCCGAGAAGCAGGAGGACGAGGCCGUGGACGUGAGCCCCGUCAUGAUCUGUGUCUUUGUGGUGAUGUGCUGCUCCAUGCUGGUGCUGCUCUACUACUUCUAUGACCAGCUCGUCUAUGUGAUCAUCGGGAUUUUCUGCCUGUCCUCCUCCACGGGCCUCUACAGCUGUCUGUCACCAUUGGUCCAGAGGCUGCCAUUUGGCAGAUGCAGGGUCCCCGACAACAGCCUGCCCUACUUCCGCAAGCGCCCUCGGGUCAGCAUGCUGCUCCUCGCCCUGCUCUGCCUGGCCGUCAGCGUGGUGUGGGGGAUCUUCCGGAACGAGGACCAGUGGGCCUGGAUCCUUCAGGACGCGCUGGGCGUCGCCUUCUGCCUGUACAUGUUGAAAACCAUCCGCCUCCCCACUUUUAAGGCCUGCACGCUGCUGCUGCUGGUGCUGUUCGUCUACGACGUCUUCUUUGUGUUCAUCACGCCCUUCCUGACCAAGAGCGGGAACAGCAUCAUGGUGGAGGUGGCGACCGGGCCCUCGGACUCGGCCACCCACGAGAAGCUCCCCAUGGUCCUGAAGGUGCCCAGACUGAACGCCUCGCCGCUGGCCCUGUGUGACCGGCCCUUCUCCCUGCUGGGCUUCGGGGACAUCCUGGUGCCAGGCCUGCUCGUGGCAUAUUGCCACAGAUUCGACAUCCAGGUGCAGUCGUCCAGGGUCUACUUCGUGGCCUGCACCGUGGCCUACGGCAUCGGCCUCCUGGUGACGUUCAUGGCGCUGGCCCUGAUGCAGCGCGGCCAGCCCGCUCUCCUCUACCUGGUGCCCUGCACGCUGAUGACAAGCUGCGCCCUGGCGCUCUGGCGCAGGGAGCUGGGCAUGUUCUGGACGGGCAGCGGCUUUGCGAAGGACCUACCUCAGUCUCCUUGGGCGCCAUCUGCAGCCGAGGACCCGCAGCCUCGGAAGGACUCCGACACCGGCCUCCCCCAGUCGUCUCCAGGCGAAGGACUGGCCAAGUGCCCCCCGCCCACGGAGCAGCCCCCGGAAGUGUCUGCGCCCGAGGAGACGGGGGCCGGAGCCCCCCCCCCAGGAGCCCGCGAGCCCCGCAGGCCCCACCCCCGAGCCCACGAGCCUGGUAGGCGCCUCGGCCUAGGAGGUGGCGCAGACUCUCGGGCCCUCGCUGCUGCCCCGCCACGCCGAGAGACCCCGAGACUGGACCUGCCCGGCCCCCCCAACUUGGUGCUCCGGUCUGGCCGAUGUCCCCGCUCUUCCUCCUCGAGCCAAGCCCAGCUGCAGCCUGGACCCUCUCCAGCCCCGCUCCCAGCUCGCGUGGCUGCCGCGAGCCCCUGCCCCGCUCCGGCCCACGACGUCACCAUCCGCGUCACGCGAGCGCCCAGCUCCACGGUCCUGCCUGUCAACUCGGUGUUUCCUUGGCAAGGGCAGGAAGCGCCACCUCCGCCCGCCCACGGCUACAGAUCGCCCACAUCUGGUGCUUACCACGCUGCCGCUUCCCUCAGGUUGUCGCCCGCGCCGCGCUGGGCCAGACGCCGGUCGGCAGAGCCCCGUAGUGCAGUCCGGCUGGUGUGCGUGCCGCCGGCUGGCCGGGGUCGGCGGGGGCCGCGCAGGAGCCUCUUCCGUCCGCCCGGGCCGCCCGCAUCUGUGGUCCAGCUUCGCCGCCUGCUAAUAAACGGCCACGACUUGUGGAACUCGGGUGGUGUCGCCUCUUGGGUCUGAGUCUCUGGGACGGCCCUCGUCGGGGCAGCUGGGCGCCCCGUCCACGGGGCUGUGUCUUUCCCGUCAGCUCCGUUCUUUCGGGUUAGAGGGUCUGGGGGGUGCCCCCACCCGCCUCGUGACAUCUGCACGCUCCCAACCCCACCCCAGCCCGGCCUCUAGGAACAACACCGGCCAGGCGAGCGCACUUUUUAUUUAAACCACCCGGGAGCUUCUAGAAUGUGGAGAAUAUUCUGGAAUUGGCAUUUUGUCUUCUACCUCACUGACAGGGCUCUGCGAACGUCACGACGGGAAUGCCACAGCAGGACUGGCCGCGGGGCGGCGGCCCCCACACCGUGGCACGCGCUGGUCCACACAGCCUCCAGCCUCAAGCCCAGAAAGCUGUGUCCACUGACGUGACGCGAAGGAACAGACCCCCCGGCCACGCGGCCCAGCUCUGUCCCCCGUCUGUCCGCUGCUCAGUUGUAGACAGCAGGCACGGGGUCAACCAUGAUCCAUUCCAAAAAAUACCAGCGCCAGACAGACUCACUCACAGCCUUUGUUAGCCAUGCUGCUCUAAGGAGGAAUGAUGUUUAUUCCAAAAAAAAAAAGACGUCUUCCA